CAUUGCAACAGAAAUAAUCACGUUGCGCGUGUGCGAGGCAGGAAGUCAUGCUGUCUACGCAACUGAUAAAAACCAGCACUUUAACCUUGAAUGAAAAACAUGCAUAAGACGGCGAUCUGAAAAGCAUGUCAGCUGUCAGCCUAGCAGUGAAAGAGCGGCGAGCGUCGCAUCUUAAACGGGGGAGCGGACUGAACGUGCAGUCGUCGCAUUACGCAGUGACAAACUCUCCGGAUCAAUCUGAGCAGGCAGACGUGAGAUGGAGCCGGGAGACGCGUCAGCUCACACCGCUGGAUGACUGCGAGUGGCUCGGGACGCUGUUCGGACUGGUGAACAAGUGCCUGCGGGGGGUGGGCUUCUGCCAGCUGUACUUCGGGGACAAGAUUGUGGAGCCCGUGGUGGUGGUCCUCUUCUGGGUGAUGCUGUGGUUCCUCGGCAUCCAGGCUCUGGGCCUGGUUGGAGCUCUGUGCAUCGUCAUCAUCUACAUCCAGAAGUGAUGCCUCGUUGGUUGGUGGGCUGUGCUCCUUCCAUCAACCGCAGGUUCUUCACACUACCUGGCCUUCAGCAGACCAGUGGACACAUCAAAAGUGCCUUGCAUGGAGUUUUAUACGACAUACUUAUGCACGGCGUUUGGUAGCAGUAAUAUUUUUCUUUUUGUAGUCAUUCAGAGCUUUUAAAAAUGUAUUUUUUUAACUUAUUGUUACAUCCCGGUCUAGGGUCAAGGAGUAAACAGGGAGGACAACGGGGAAUGGGGAGGGAGAAAAGAGAAAUGACUCACAGACUAGUUAUAGUUAAGAUCGGAUAUAUUUGAAGUAUAUUUUGAUAUAGUGAGAUAAAUGUGAAACACCAGGGUGACCUUCAGGAGCAGCAAAGGCCAAAAUAAUAAGCAAAACUAGUGAAAUACCUACGUGAGCACCAGCUAAGGCUUCCAUGAACAAAAAGAAAAGAAAACAAAAGACAAUAGCUACCCUUAUUAACCACAAAACGGAGACAAACGAUUGACAUGCAAAAAAUAAGGGGCAGCUACUCCCUACAAGCCUUACACAGAAAUAUAUACAGAUUAUUUACAAAGAAUACACAGGGCAACCAAGUCCAAAUCGAAAUGCAAACAGGGUAGUCAUUAGCCAAACACUGGGCCUGAAAGACAUACACAUCAUAACGCGGAAUAACCAAAGUCAAAUAAAUGGGAAAUGAAACCUUAGACACUUCAGCACUUCUUGUCAGUAUUAGAGACCUGAUUGAAUAACUCUUACACAGUCUGCUAAGAACUAUGACUUCAUUGUUUUUCAGCAUGCAACAGAUCUUCAACCCAGAUACAGUUUACAUGUCUGCAAGUUUAGACUCGGGUUAACCUGGGCACUUUACUACGGUAAUCCUUACCAGGCUUUGUUUACUAUACUGUAUGCAUCACACUUUAAUUUCUCUUUUAAAAAUCUCUUUAAUGACUUUAAUCUCUUUGACUUGUUGUGGGCUCUUUGUGAUUCUUCUUGAGAGCUUUGGUGCAACACUGGCAUGAAAGUGAAACCUAUUUAAUGGUUUCAUAGCUGAAGGGAAGGCUUUACUGAAAACGGCCGUUUGCACUUCUGCUGCCCCAAUGGAUGAAUAUAUGUCCCAGAUCUAGGUGAGCUAAUGGGCCAGUGUGCUUGCUUGUACGGAUUUGUUUUACAUCACUGUGAUUUUAUUUCAGAAGUGUCACAGCCCAUGGUUAUGAAUGCAAGGACGUUUUGACUCAUCUGAGUUGUACCUUUUGGCUAUAAGUUUUACGACAUCUACUCAUCUCCUCUUUGGAGAUGUUCAAACUCACGUUUGCCUUUUUAACAUCAUAUCUCACUUUUGCAGCCUUCUGUGUCUGUAAAUGCGCAUGGUGCCUCAAAAAGAUUGUGGAAUUUAAGUUUCUUACUCAGGACCCUGUACUGGAAAAGUGACUAGAAGAUUGUUGAAUGUUUAGUCCUCUUAGUGUGUGUGUGUGUGUGUGUGUGUGUGUGUGCGCGUGUGUGUGUGUGCGCGUGCCUGGAAAUGGAUUUGCAUGCAGUCCAGACUCAGGCUCGGUGGAUAGUUAGCUCUUUUUAAUUCGAGUUAUAAUUUUUUUUACUUUAAUGUUCCAUUUUGGCUAAAGAUUCUCUUAGAAUUGUUCUUAAGCAGAUUCGGAACAUGAAAAAUGGUGAUAAAUUGAAUGGACUGCAAACUGAAAUCUAAUUUUAAUAAAUAAAUCUUAUAAUAAUA